AUGGCGACCAAAUCCUUCAAGCUGCUCUGCUUGGAGAAUCCCCUCCUAGACAUCCAGGGCGUCGGUGAUCACGCCAUGCUGGAAAAGUACGGGCUGAAACUGAACGACACGCUCCUGGCGGAACCCCACCAGAUGGGCCUCUACGACGACCUCAUCCAGAACCGCAACGCAAAGCUGAUCCCCGGCGGUGCUGCGCAGAACACCGCCAGAGGCGCACAGUACAUGCUCCCCCCGGACAGUGUCUGGUACAUCGGUUGCGUGGGCGAUGACGAGUACGCAAAGAUCUUGAGAGAGAAGUGCAAGGAAGAAGGACUGCACGUCGAAUACCGCGUCGAUCCUGCCACCCCCACCGGGAAAUGCGGUGUCAUAAUCACAGACCACCACCGCACAAUGUGCACGCACCUCGCCGCCGCCAACGAAUACAAGCUCGAGCACCUCCUCGAGCCGCGGGUCUGGAGCAUGGUCGAAGCGACCUCCGUGGGCUUCUACGUCGGUGGCUAUCACCUGACCGUGUGCCCGCCGGCGGCCAUGGCGCUGGCGAAACACGCCGCCGAGACAAACAAGGUCUUCAUGCUGAGCCUGUCGGCAGGCUUCAUCCCCCAAUUCUUCAAGGAUCCGCUCGCCGAGAUUCUGCCGUACUGCGACUUUGUCUUUGGGAACGAGAACGAGGCCAAGACGUGGGCCGAAUCCCAAGGCCACCCCUCUGACAUCUCGAUGCAAGAGUGUGCCAAGCUGAUGGCAAAGUUGCCCAAGGUCAACACAAAGAGACCAAGAGUGGUGAUUGUCACGCAGGGCACCGACCCAACGAUUGUGGCCGUGGCCGAGGCAGGAAAAGAAGAGGUGGAACUCAAGGAGUACGCGGUGCCAGUCAUCGACAAGAACCUGAUCAACGACACAAACGGCGCAGGUGAUGCUUUCGCCGGUGGCUUCUGCGCCGGUGUGGUCCAGGGUGAUCCCCUCGAGGACUGUAUCAAAAAGGGCCAGUGGUUGGCAAGAUUAAGUCUGCAGGAGUUGGGACCCGCGUAA